GUGACUGACCACACCUCCCGCACCUAGUUUCUGUGUUUCUGGUCUUCGUCUCUCACAUUCUCACAGAUUCAUUCACCCUCACAAGUUCACGAAUCACAAUCCCAGCACUCCCAGGCCAUCUCUGAGUCUUCUCCUCGCUGCUCAGCCGUCUCGGUGUCACUGCAGUCUGCAUUACUUCCCUCUCUCUUUAUCCUUCACUCUCUCUCUUUCUUGCCCUCUCUCUUCAGUCGGGUUCUGUUUCCCUUCCCGUUGUACCGUCGCCUCCCAGCUCUGUCGCCGCCAUUCUCCUUGCCGUCCGACCCUGAGGCCAGACCGGCAAGCCUUCCUCUCGCACUCUAACUGAGAACCGCUCUCCUCUGUUUUCCCUCUCAUCGCUUCGUUGUGCCGUAGCACAUCCCUUGGCUUCUCCCCCUCAUCGUGAAUGACGGGUACAAUUGUCGUUGAGUCAUAAUGAUCGUGAAUGAUGGGUCCAAUUGUCAAUGCACUCAAGGAUAUAUAUUCCCCUAGAUUAAGAUUAAGGCGGACUAUAAUUUGCUAUAAUUUAUUAAUAUUAUUAAUCACAUGGAAUCGUUGGUUGAAUUGGAACAGCGGAUGGAGUAGUAGUUUACUCACCUUGCUUUGUCUUUUGCGCGCGGCUUCCUUGCUCGUGAGGUUACGUCUUCGAUUGAUAGUCAUUCUCUUUGCAAGAUCAUCCGUGACUAUCAAAACCCAAUUUGCAGUUCUUCUUUCUUUGGAGGGGACAUUUUGUUAGCACCCUCAAGGUGUUUGAUAUACGUUGCUGAUGAAUUUUAGCGUAUAGUUGGGACUGCUUUGGUUGCCUUGCUGUGUUUGGAAGAGAUUUGAGUUUGCUGUGAAUUGAAGAAGCUCUGUGAGUUUUAUUUGUGAUGGGGGCCAAAAGUUCGAAGGGCUCGGGUCGGAGAGGAGUGGCGUCAUGUGAAUCUGGUGGUUCUGCAACAUGGAAUCCGUAUGGGUAUACACAACUGUUGUACCCUCAGCAAAACCCUUAUUACAUGCGUUGGCAUCCCCGUGCUCCACCACCCUCUACAUCUUUUAAUAAUGGCUCGGAGGUACACCAGCCGCAGAGAACAUUGGAUAGAAGAUACUUGAAUAUUGCAAAUAACUACUGGUCCUUGGACGAGGUGCUAGGUCAUUCAACUGACGGAGCUUACCGCCUCAAUACCAUGAGGCUAAUCACCACCACAGCAAAACCAGGUAGUCUAUGCCCUCCUUCUCUUCCAAAUUCUGUGCAUGCCAAUGCAUCGAGUUCCUCGUCAGGUCCUCCCAACCCACUGCUAUGCACUCACUCUGAUAUGUCUCGCAGUCUUGGUGCACGCCGCCUCAUAUACCGAGCUCGAAUCUCAUACUUUGUUAAAGCUGGUCUCAUUGACCAAGCCAUCCAGGUGUUCGACGAAAUGACCCAAUCAGAUUGCCGGAUAUUCAGCAUUGACUACAACCGGUUUGUCGGCGUAUUGGUCCGUGAAUCGCGCUUCGAGUUGGCUGAGCACUACUACCACAAAAUGAUCUCCCUGGGCUUUUCCCUCAACCCAUUUACAUACUCAAGGUUCAUUUCUCGAUUGUGCAAAAUCAAGAACUUUAGCCUCAUUGAGCAGCUUCUAGAAGACAUGGAUAGACUUGGUUUUGUACCCGACAUUUGGGCUCUUAAUAUAUAUUUGUAUCUUUUGUGUCAAGAGAGUAGAAUAGAAUUGGCUUUGGAAGUCUUUCGUAGAAUGAUUGAGAAAGGAAGAGAGGGUGAUGUUGUAACAUACACUAUACUAAUUCAUGGAUUGUGUAAAGCAAGGAAGUUUGAUGCUGCAGCUGAAAUGUGGCGUGAUAUGAUAAACAAGGGUUUAAGUCCAGAUAAUAAUGCGUGUACAGCACUUGUUAUUGGGCUAUGUGAUGGCGGGAAGGUUAAUUUAGCAUAUGAGCUUACGAUUGGUGUGAUGAAGGGUCGGGUCAACUUUAGUAAUUUGAUUUAUAAUGCAUUGAUUAAUGGGUUUUGUAGAGCAGGUAGGGUUGAUAAGGCACAAGCGAUCAAAUCAUUCAUGAGGACAAAUGGUUGUGAGCCAGAUUUGGUUACAUACAAUGUGCUAUUGAACUAUUGUUGUGAUGGGCUUAUGUUGGAGGAAGCGGAGAAGUUGAUGAGGAAGAUGGAGAGGACUGGGAUGAAACUGGAUGUGUACAGUUACAACCAAUUUAUAAACGGUCUUUGCAAGGCAGACCUGCCAGAUAAGGCUUAUUUGUUCAUGGUGAAUAAGAUGGAGGCCAAAGGAUUGUGUGAUGUUGUGUCUUAUAAUACCAUCAUUGGAGCUUUUUGCAAGGCAUUUCGUACUAGAAGGGCCUACAAACUUUUUGAGGAAAUGGGGCGGAAGGGGAUCAUGCCAGAUGUGGUGACAUUCACGAUUCUUAUUAAAGGUUUUCUUAGAGAAGGUAGUUCUGAUAUAGCAAAAAAACUUCUUGAUCAGAUGACUAGCAUGGGUCUAUUGCCUGAUCGUAUAUUUUAUACUACGAUUGUUGAUCACUUAUGUAAGAAUGGGAAGAUUGAGACAGCUUAUAGUGUUUUUUCUGACAUGCUGGAGAAGGGAAUUGCCCCUGAUGUGGUUUCAUACAAUGCCCUCAUAAAUGGGCUUUGUAAGGUUUCUAGGGUUAGUGAAGCCAUGCAUCUUUAUGAAGAAAUGCAGAUGAGUGGAUCCUAUCCCGAUGAAGUAACUUUCAAGUUAAUAAUUGGGGGGCUUAUACGAGAAAAGAAGCUUUCAUUGGCUUGUAGGAUAUGGGAUCAGAUGAUGGAGAAGGGCUUUACUCUUGAUGGAGCUGUGUCAGAGACUCUAAUCAGUGCUAUUCAUUCAAGAGAUGCCACAUGGACAUGACAAAUGUGGAUAGAGGAGGAGUAGUUGACCCACCCUGCCUCUUGUUGUGUGCCGCUUCCUUGCUCAUGAGGUUACGUUGCGGUGACAUGGAAUCAUUUAAAAAAAAAAAAGAAGUGCCCCAUCACAGAAGCAUCUCUAUUCCAUCGAAGAUCUCUGGAUUUCUUUUUGAGGGAAGUGUCUUAUUUCUUUUCCGUCUCUUUUCUGUCGGAGGUCGUGAAGAAAAUCCCUGGUCUUGAGCGCUGGGCGAAGAAUUGUGGAGGCAUCUCUAUUCUGUCUGAAUAACAAACACAUCUCUUUUCCACCAGCAGAGUUGAAGAAAUCUCUCUCUCUCUGCAUUUCAUUUUUGACGUGCAAAAAUAGUUUCUUUCCUUUCCCAUCAACAGCCGCAUGUACAAAUAUUCCCAAUAAUUUACCUGCUGUUUUUCAUUUCUGGGUAAUUUGUAAAUUCAAGUGAAAAUAUGGGCCAUCCCAAUUUGGUGCUCUCAUCUUCAAGCCAGGUUCAUGCCGAAGAUGCACACAUAUGUGGCAGGAGGGGUCCACAGGUUUAAACUCUUUACAUCUUUAUAUGAACAAAUUCUUUGCUGGUUUUAUAAAUUGCAAUGUUUUUGCCUUGCAUGUUAUUGAAGUUAAGGAGGUGGUACGCUGGAGGAGAAGAGAAAGGUGUUGGUUUGCUGAGACAGAAGGAGGAAAGGAGCUGUUUGUAAUUACGAGGACAAAAAUAACAAUUUACUAUUUUCCAACAUGGAUGGUGUGUGGGGUGUGGGGCUACAUUAUUGUUAUGGAAAUGAUAUACUAAAUAAUUAUAUAUUUGUUGAAUCAAAUUACUCAGUAGAGUCAUUCUAUUUGCAAUUUUAUCCGUAAGGACAAUUGGAGGUUCUUGAAUGUUUCAGAAUAGGUCUGGACAAUUCUUAUAUACUCAAACGUGUUUUGCAAAAUGGUUGUCAAUUGAAGGGCAUUCUUUGAUCGGUAAGCUGUCUCUAGCUGCCUAAUCCCAAUUUGUCUUGGUCUGUGUUUCAUACUAUUAAGAAAUUUCUUUCAGUUGUUUGAUACGUUUAUAUAUCCUUUUGUAUUUUUAGUGGUUGUCACGUAUUUUGCAGGUAAAUGAGAUAGAUGACCUUUAUUUAUUUAUUUAUUUAUUAGUGGAUAUAUUGCAGGCGUCCUCAAGGUGUUUGAUAUGUGUUGCUAGCAAAUUUUAGUGUAUGGUAGGGAUGCCCGAGCAUUCCAUGCAACACCAUCAAACUAACAUUCUUUGUGCUUUGGCUGUCUUGCUGUGUUUGGAAGAGAUUUGAGUUUGCUGCGAAUUGAAGGAGCUCUGGGAGUUUUAUUGGUGAUGGGUGUAAAAGUUCCAAGGGCUUAAGUCGGAGAGGAGUUGCAUUAUAUGGGUCUGGUGGUUCUUCGAUAUGGAACCAGUAUGGGUUUAGAGAACCUUCGUACUCUCAGAAAAACCCUUAUUACAUGCCACGACAUCAUCAUGCUCCACUGCUUUCCUCUUCUUUUAAGUAUGGGCCGCAACCAUCUUUUAAUUAUACCUCAGAGGCACCCCAGCCACGUAGAACAUUGGAUAGAAGAUACUCAAAGACUGCAAAUAACAACCGGUCCUCGGAUGAGCACGUCGUACCCUCAACAAAACCCUUAUUACAUGCCUCAGCGUCCAUGUGCUCCAUUGCCCUUGCUUUUUUGAAUUAUGGCUCACAACCAUCUUUUAAUGGCUCAGAGGUACUCCAGCUGUGGAGAACAUUGGAUAGAAGAUACUCGAAGAUUGCAGAUAACUACCAGUCCUUGCAUGAGGUUAGUGUUGCUCUUGCGCAUGCUGGCCUAGAAUCUUCUAAUUUAAUUGUUGGUAUUGAUUUCACAAAGAGCAAUGAGUGGACAGGUGCUAGGUCAUUCAACCGAUGAAGCUUACAUCACAUCGGAAAUGGUCAAAAUCCCUAUCAAUGAGCAAUAUUUGUCCUAUAUGUGGUGAACUUGUACAGGCUUGCCCCUAUUUGUCUUACUAAUCAAAAGGACAUGGCCUUUGGUUGUGGGCAUCAAGUAAAUUACUCUGCAUUUCUAGGUUUAAAUCCCCUUGGGUGCAAACAAUUUUUAAGGGCUAUCGGACUGAGGGAUAUUCUCCUUGAAUUACCUGAGGUGUACUUGUGGAGAACUCCUUGCCGAUAGUCUAUGCACCCCUGGGAUUAAUUGGGACGAUGUUCUUGGAUACCUGGUACCAAUAAAAAACAAUGUAUGUUCUGUACACCCUCAACUUCUGUUUGCCAAAACGAUGUAUUAUUUCCAUGGUAUUAUCAUAUACCAUAUAAUUAAGAUUUUUAUGUAAACAUCAAUCUUACUUUACAUGAUAUCUUAUGAUA